UUGCCCUUUUUUGGACUGUGCAACCAAAAAACACCUACUACACACUGUAUUCUCUACUGCUCCUCUCUCCUUAUCCAUGGCGUCUACAUUCCUUACAUUGGCUAAACCCUUCACUUCUCAAUCAACAAAUCUUCCUUCUUUCUCUCCUCAAAGACCCAUUGGUCUGAAAAGAAAUUCUUUGAGAAUUAAUGCCAUUUCCCAGAAAUGGGAACCCACAAAGGUUGUGCCGCAAGCUGAUAGAGUUUUAAUUCGGUUAGAGGAAUUGCCUGAGAAAUCUGCUGGUGGAGUUUUGCUUCCGAAAUCGGCAGUGAAGUUUGAGCGUUAUCUUAUGGGAGAGGUUCUUUCUGUUGGUUCUGACGUUGCUCAAGUAGAGACGGGGAAGAAGGUUCUUUUCUCUGACAUCAAUGCUUAUGAGGUGGAUUUGGGAACUGAUGCAAGGCAUUGUUUCUGCAAGGAGAGCGAGUUGCUGGCUUUGGUUGAAUGAAGUUUCUCCCAUUUGAAUUGUUAGGGCGCUAAGUUUUGUCAGGUUCUUAGCCAAAAAGACAUUUAGACUGCGGGAUGUGUUGUAAAAUCCCAUCUUUUGUAACACAAAAAUAUUGAGAUAUGUUUAUUGGAUAUUUUUCUGAUGAUUUAUGGGAAGAAGUAUUGAGAUUGAGUUA